AUGACGGACGAGAAGUCAGCUCUAGCAGUAAGCGUGUUGUCCGAGAAAUGGCCUCAGAGGCUGAAGAUACCUAACUUUGAUAACUUCGAUGGAACCAGUUGUCCGGAAAGCCACGUCACCAAAUACUACAACAAGAUGGUUCUACUGGAUGUCUCAAACACAAUACUUUGCAAGAUGUUUCCAACCACACCCACUGCCACAGCACAACGAUUGUGCAACAGCUUGAAAGACGAAUUAAUAGCUAUGUGGAGACAAUUGAACAAAGAAUUCGUGAUAAGAUUCUUCACGAACAUCCUACCUAAAAGAAGCACAGAAGAACUGUACAUGUGUAAGCAGGGCAAGGGAGAAACGCUAAGGGCAUACAUUGAAAGAUUCAAUAACAAAGCUAUGAAAAUUGAAGACCUCAACAAUGAAUCAAUGGUACAGACACUAAAGAAGGGCACUCUCAUGGGAGUGAUAGGGGAUAAGCUAAGUUUGAAGAAGCCAAAAACCUACCAGGAGGUAAUGCAAGUAGCUCAUAAAUGUAUCAACGUGGACGACAGAAGGAGGCAGAAAACCAGCGAUGCGCCAAAGAAGGAAAAAAACAAGGGAAGCGCAUCUCAAAGACAAUCAUCACACUCGCAACACGAUUAUGGUAUGAGUCAUCGCAGCAUCAGCAGGUAUGGCGACAGAGCUGAAGCAUUCACACCGCUGAACACCACGAGGGCGAACAUCCUGAUGUGGGUCAAAGAAAACAGAACAUCGGUGACAUGGCCCAGGAAGAUGAUCCACAGAACUGGGACAAGAGACGAAAACCGAUACUGCCAAUUCCACGAAGACUGUAGGCACGACAUAGAAGAAUGCUAUGAUUUGAAGAAGGAGAUAGAGAAGAUGAUCGAAUCAGGAGCAUUAAGGAGGUUCACAAGCCGCAAAGAAGAUAAGCAUCAGAGAAUAGAAGGAACCGACAAGGAAGAAAAAAAGGAAGAGGAGAGGAGAAGAAAGAAAGAGAUCGCGGGAGUCAUCAACGUCAUCGUUUUGGGAAAGAGCAUAAGAGAGGGGAGAAAAAAAUGA